AUGAGUUUUUCUACUUGUUUUACAAAUCCACCUCUUAUCAACAGGUUUAAAGCCUUUUCUACAGAGUUAUUUGUCAGGAAAUAUUGGCCAGUUAUCUCAGCAGCAAGUUCUCCCCGCAAAAAAGCACAGAUAUUAGAGGGAUUAUCAAGUUCAUUAGAUAGUUCAUGGGAAAUACUGGAAAAAGGCAUUAGAAAUACAAGUCAAGAUUCUUUUUUUAUUUCAAAUACUAAGGAAAUUAAGGGAAAAAAAGAAACAGCGAUUGGUAUUUUUGAUGGGGUUGGAGGAUGGCAGUCAUUUAGUAUUGAUGUCAAACGUUUUUCAUGGGGACUAAGUGACAGGAUUGUAAAGAUUUAUGAAAAUGAGGUAUUGAGGGGAGAUACUGUAGUGGAUUCUCUUAGAAAAGGAUUUAAAGAGGUUUUACUGGAUAAAAAUAUAAUUGGAGGGGGAACAACAGUCUGUUUAGGUCAAUUUUACUAUGAUAAAGGCAAUAUAAGGGUUUUAAAUCUUGGUGAUUCUGGAUAUUCGAUUUAUCGCUAUGGUAAACUUUUCUUUAAAUCAAAGAUACAGAGCCAUUUCUUUAAUGCUCCUUUUCAGCUUUCUAAAAUUCCUUUAAAUGAUUUAGAGCAUAAUAGAAAUGGUGAAAAAACAUAUAUAAAAAACGAAAUACAUGAUGCAGAUAUAUAUAAUCAUGAUCUAAAACAUGGUGAUGUAAUCCUAUUUGCAACAGACGGGGUUUUAGAUAAUUUAUUUUUUGAAAAUAUACAAACAAUUAUUACAGAAACACUUAUUAAUGCUGGAAUUUGGUUAAAAUCAGGCCAAAAUAUCUCUCCAUAUAUUGGUGAGAUUUCAAAAGAUCAAUUAUUAUUAGCUACACAAGUUUCCAAACAUAUUGUUACAUUUGCAAAAAAAAAUGCACAAAAUACAAAAAUUGAUACUCCAUUUUCAAAUGAAGCUAGAAAACAUCGUUUCUUUUAUCAAGGAGGAAAACCCGAUGAUAUAACUGCUUUAGUUUUAAUGGUAUUCAGUACCUCAUCUUUAACAAUACCAUUUCCAAGAACUCUAUACUACAUUUAA